AUUCGCCUCUCUUAAACCCUAGAAUCCACCGCCGAAGCUGCUGUAAUAACUCGCCGGACCUUUCAGAAGUAGACGGAGAAACAACCGACGUCCGGUUUCUCUCUCCGCGCUCUUUUAUUCUGAUCCGUUUCGCAUCCAGGCAGUUUUUUUGGAUUGUCGAUCAGUGAUGGCAGCACCAGCUGCGGAGACUUUGGAAUUAGUUAGCGCUGAAGUUAUCGGGAAUGCAUUCGUGAAGCAGUAUUAUCACAUACUGCAUCAGUCACCAGAGUUUGUUCACAAGUUUUAUCAGGAUAUCAGUGUUGUUGGUCGCCCUGAGGAGGAUGGCUCCAUGAGCAUCACCACCACCAUGGAAGUAAUAUAUAUCUCUAUCUCUCUCUUUGUGAAUUGAUGGUAGCAACUGGUUGGGUUGGGUUGGGUGUAUAAACUAUUCUGAAUGAGAAACAUAUCUAUUUCUAGUGCCCCUGUACUAAUGAAGUCUUGUUGAGAUUGUAAAAUGUUGGUUUUCGAAGUGUUUUUAGCUAAUUUGACCAUUCAGAACAUCAGCAAAAAAAUCAUUUCGCUCAACUAUGGGGAAUUCAUGUAUGAGAUUAAGUCGGUAGAUUCACAAGAAUCGUUUCGUGGUGGAGUUCACGUUCUCGUGACUGGCUAUGUAAGAGGAAAAGACAACAAAGUCAGCGACUUCGCACAAUCUUUCUUCCUUGCCCCACAAGACAAGGGCUACUUUGUUUUGAACGACAUGUUCAGAUAUGUGAAUAACGUCGCUGUUACUCCAGUAUUGGUCCCUGGUGUUGUGGUGCCUGUUCCUGAAGAGCCAGUUCCCAUCCCAGUUCAGGAGAAUCAUGUUUCUGAGCAGAGCACACUAUCUGUAGAAGAAGCUGUUUCUGGAGAAGUGUACCCACCGGAGAAUGGGGAUGUGCCAGUUACUGGAGAAGAAAAAGAGGAAGUUCCUGUGCCAGAGGUGGUUGAUGAGGCAUGGGGUAAUGCACAGACGGUGGUUGAGGCCCCUGCCAAAAUUGACGAAGCACCAAAGAAGUCUUAUGCUUCUAUUGUAAGUGUGACUAUUAGCUGUUCCAAGAAAUAA